GACAGAGAAAGACAGUCAGUCAGUCAGUAGAUAGGACGGUGAGAGGUAGUGCCGGUGGCGUCGAGUGAAUGCAUUGACUUGCGUAAUCGUCGUUCAACGCAGUAUGUUGCCGUCACCGUGGCCGCCAUGGGUUGUGUAGAAAGCCGCAAAUUAAUCGAAAAUGUGUCGGGUCACGGUGACAUUAAGACAGUGUAUCACCUCGACGACGCCUUCGGGGAAAAGAGCAAAAAUCGGAGUGGGGUCGAGGCCGAGGUGAAGAGCGAACUCCGCGUCGAGGAGUACUCGAACAUCGCCGAAAAGAUCAAACUCGACAGACAGAUCAAUAAACACAAGUUUAAGACGAAAUAUGAUCCCCGGAUCACGGCCAAGUACGACAUCAAGGCCCUCAUCGGGAAGGGCACGUUCAGCAAGGUGGUGCGGGUCGAGAACAAGCUGACGAAGCAGCCCUACGCCAUCAAGAUCAUCGAGAGCAAGGAAGGGCGGGAGGCUUUCGAGGCCGAGCUGGCCAUUCUGAGACGCGUAAAGUGCCCUUACAUCAUUCAAUUAGUGGAAGUGUUCGAUAGUGUCGAUAAGAUUUACAUGGUCAUGGAACUGGCCACGGGCGGAGAUCUCUUCGACAAGAUCAUGGCCCGGGGCCCGUUUUCGGAGAGGGACGCCGUCAAGGCGCUGAAGAUGGUGCUGGAAGGGGUCAAGUAUCUCCACAACCUGGGCAUCACCCACAGAGACCUCAAGCCCGACAAUCUCCUGUACUAUCACCCAGGGACGGAUUCCAGGCUGAUGAUCACCGACUUCGGGCUGGCGCAUACCAGGAAGUCAGCCGACGACGUCCUCAUGAGCACGAUAUGCGGGACGCCCGAAUACGUGGCGCCCGAAAUCGUGGCCCGCCGUCAGUACACCCACGCCGUGGACUUGUGGGCGGUGGGCGUCAUCACCUACAUCCUUCUCCGGGGGGACUUCCCCUUCUUCGACGAGAACCGAGUGCGGCUCUACAAGAAGAUACUUAAGGGCAGCUACACACUCUCCGACGAGGUGUGGAAGGAAGUGAGCGAGAGCGGAAGGGACUUCGUCCGCAUGUUACUGGAGGUCGACCCAAAGACGAGACUCUCGGCCUCCGAGGCGCUGCGCCACCAGUGGAUCCUGGCAAACCAUCACACUUCCAGAUCGAGACAGGCCAACUCCCCCAGCGGAUCAUGGGGGAGACGAUCAUCCCGGUCGUCGCUGUCAUCCAGGUCGGCCCGAUCCGCCAAUUCCCUUCGGACGGAUCGUCGUCGGGUCAGGCCUCAGGAACUGGAGAGCCUGGAACAGCUGCCGCCUUCGUCCCCAUACCCGCCCUACGCCUACAGAACCCAGAGAAACAAUUACAUGUAGAGACUUUCCUUCGUUUACCCCCCUCCCCCCUCUUCCUCCUGAUUCCAAAUUAAUUUUAUUUAAUGGUGAUUUUUUUUGUGAAGCAGAUUUCAAUUUUUUUUUUUUUUUUUUUUUUUUUUUUUUUUUUUUUUUUUUUGUGAAGCAGAUUUCAGUUCGAGUGUGUCUUAAUGAUAUGUAGCGAUGUCUGUCGUCCUUGUGCAGUGUGUGUGUGUGUGUUAAAGGGGUUGGGGGAGGGGGCGUGUGGGGGGGGCUUCGUAUCCACCCCAACUUUCUAUAUAUGGAUGGACCUCAAGUAUGAAUUUUCAUUUUCUCAAGCGAGGGACGUUUCCCACUGAAGUGUCUUGGUGCCAUAGUUUAUUCAGUUUGUGCCCUCGUGAGAAGAAACGAGAUAAAAACGUAUUUUGUUACGAAAGGAAGUUGUGUUUUAAUGGAGAAUUUAGUUUUAUAAAACUGGAAUUUAUGUCCGGUCUGAAUUACUUUUUAAUGCCUUUCUCAUGCUAUGUUUUAAAGAUUUUAUUGUAUCCUCCAUCCUCCGUCUUUAUACGUCCAAGUCUGUUGAGUUUUUCUCCGGUUUAUUUAUUCAUUAAUUUUAAUUUUGAGUGCAUUGAAAGCAAAUGAGAUUGUGGAUACUGAAGUGGUCAGUAUCAUGCAAUGUAAGCUUUUUAAAAUACUUUUUUUUUUUUUUUUUUUUACCAGCAUGAAUCACGAAUCUUGUUGUGACAGUGUUGUUGGAGCGAAGAAAUGUUCAGUUGUGAACUUCUUUAAUUCUUCCUCAAAAUGUUCAAAUAUUCAAACAAGCAAUAGGUGGCUCUUCAUUAAUAAUUUUAUUUAAUAUAGUGUUGUUUUGUUGGCAUUAUUUUCCACCUUAUCCAGAACAUUUUCAUUUUUCAUUUUUGUUCUAAGGGCCCAACACUUAACUAAGUAGUUUCAUAUUUUUUUUUUCUUUUCAAAGUUCUCCAUGUGGGAAAAUCUCUGCCUUGAACUCUGCCUUAAACAUAUUAAAGAUAAGAAACUCCUCUUUUUCAUUUUUGUUCAUAGGGAAGAUUACCACAGGAAAGCCAAGAUCUUUUUUUUACAUUUUUAUAAUGCCUGAGUUAUUCAAGACAGUUAAUCAGAGUACUUUAGAAAUUGAUGUUUCAGUAUUUGUGAAGUAUAAAACCUGGAAUUUUUUUUUAUUUUUUUACUCAAUUUUACCAGUGCCAGUACAAGGCUGGCUUGAUUCAAAACAAACUUGAUGAAAUUGUUGAAGAAAUCAUUUGGAAUGGAAAAGAUCUUGGUUGUGAGUGAUUUUUGUACAUAAAUGUUAUACAUAGUUAUAUUUUGUACCAAGUAAAUUAUAUAUUUUCAUGGUAAGAUAAUUUUUUUAUUUGUUUUUAUGAAAAUUAUUUUAGUUGUGUAUGAACGUUAACCUUAAAAAGGUACUGGACCUUUCUUCAUUAAAAAGGAAUUGCACUUUUAUUUUACUCUAUUCUGGCACCCAGUAUUUGACAGUGAUCUCAUGUCUCUAUUUACAGUAAUUAGAUUUUAUGACACUAUUUAGUCUAAAAGUUUUGGUGAAUUACUCAUAAAUAACUUUUGGUAACUGACAAAUUUUUCUGCACGUUUCACACAUUUAAGUAUUUCUCAAUUUAGUAGCAUUUUGAAACUUUUUUUUUUAUUUUGCGGGGUUGGUUGGGGAGGGGGGCACCGACUGUAUUUUUUGGGUGACUUUGAUCAUUUAAGUUUGUAUUGACUUUUGAGGUUAUUUUCAGAAAUUCAAGUUUUUAAAUAUGUACUAGGUACAGAAGGAAGGUGAGGCUAAUUCAAAGGCAGCCAAAUUUGAGUGUUUAUAUUUCAGCACUGUCAAAAUGUUGGACUCAGUUUACCAAAGUCUUGGGAGGUACAGUACUGGACUUUGGAAGAUUAUCAGCUCUGUAUUGAGAUGAUUUUGCCCUGAUUUUAAAUGUGUAAUGAAUGUCAUGUAGGUACUCUACUUUUAUUGGUACCGCUUGUCUUUACCUGAAAUGAAAGUACAGUACGAGUGUGUUAAAGUGUUAUAAUUUACCAUAGUUUUGGCAUUGUGCAAUAUUGCAAUUAUCAUAAUAUGCAGUGCAAUAUUAGCAUGAAGUAUGUUGCAUGAUUUUCUCUGUUUUCUUCAUUAAAUUCUUCCUGGUCAGUGGGAGUUCUACAAUAUAUUUAUUAAAGGCUGGCAUUGAGACCUGUAACCCAUUUCAUUUCAUGAGUUUUUCAAUUACUUCUGGAAGUUUUAAAAGUUUAUUGUGCAUGUAUUUUGUUCCUACCAUUUCUCGAUUUUUUUAGUACUGUACUUGCUAAAACUGGUCCUGUAUUGUUCCUUUCAUGUUCAUUGUGCAAUACAUACAGAAGUUUAUGAAAUAUUAAGGGUGUUUUAAAUUGUGUAGUAGUUCUCAUUUUCUAUUUAUAUCUGUGAGUCAAUCAGCUUUUGUAAGAUAUAGAUUCUAAUCUUAAAUCUGAAGGCUAAUAAUUUUAAAUGUUACCAAGAACUAGAAAUAGUGUUUGGACCAUUAGCAUUCAAACAGGUAGUCAAAACACUUGGCAAUCAUCUUUGACCCUAAUCUUUGACCUCCAUGGGUACUAAAUCCAAGUUAUACAAUAAACACUGGUAUGACAGAAAUAAAUCAUUUUUAACACAAAUUUACUUUGUUUUGAAGAUUCAUUGUAUGGCAUUUAAGUGUUCUAGUUCUGAUGGAGAGCAGCUACAUUAAACCAAGGCAUUGAAAAAAAAUAAAUGCCUAGUAUGUGAAUUUUGCAGUUAGUCACUGAUAAUGGCUGAUGAAAGAACAGUACAGAGGUCAAGUAAAGAGUAAGUCCCAGGUAAAUAAACUACGUACUAUUCUAUUCUGAAGAAUGUCUACAGGGCCUCAGAACAUAUGUGUUAUGAGACUUGAUGCAUCCUUGAAAUAGCCUAGCUAUAAAAGAUGUUCUACUAAGUUACAUAUCUUGUAAAGUCAUACUGUUAGUUGAAAUCAACAAGUGCAGUAGGUAAUCAUAAUUUUGUCUUGAAUAUAUAAAAAAAAGAUUAUUCAGGAUUCAUUAGCCCCAAAUACCCUUCAAGGCUUGUCUACAGGGUGUUUGGUAUUACCUAGUCUUUGUGGAAUUUUUCUUUGGUUGCCUAUGGCUGUUGUAUUUGUUGAUUUGAUUAGUUUGAUUUCAUGAUAGAAACAGGUUUAGAAACACACUUGAUUGUCUUUCUCAAGCUGACUGAUUUAAUGCCCAAGAUAAGUUUUACUCACCUCUUUUGUAAUGUGGUAUGGAUUACAGAUGGAGUAUGGGAGGCAGUGGUUUCUAUGCUUACAGAUAUUUCGUUACUGAUAAUGAGUUUCCUUUUUCUUUUUAGAUGGUUUUAAUUUGAAAGCUAAUUGAAAGUAGCUUUCAAAUGGUUAACGUUGUUAGAAUAAGUUUUCAUAAGGAGCAGGCUCCUAUCCUACUUAAGAAAACAGGAAACUGGUUAUGGGUACACAAGUCUUUAUUGUGUGUGUGUGUUUUAUGUUUUCUACUGUACAGAAAGGUUUCUUUUCCUCUUUUUCAUUGCAUACGUAACAUAGAGCCUUCUACUUGAAGGUUCACAAAGCAUUAAGUGUAAAUAAACAGUGAGAGGAUAUUUACGAAGGUCAAAUGAAUUGAGAACUGUCAGUUGUGUUUGACAAUUCUCCUUAACAGUUGUAACAUGAUGCCAUAAUUAUUAGAUGUUUCUGUGUUUCUCAAUCAAUAUGAAAAUUAUAAUGUACAAUUUAUAUUAUUUUUUACCUGGCCAGUGUUUAGCCGUUAGUAAGCGAGUAAAAUGAGGAAACAGUAACAAUUUUAUUUGAAGUUUCUUCACUUUAGUUCAGAUAAUGGUAUGUGUGUUGCCAUAGGUAUGUAAUUGUAUAUUACUGGUAUUAAUGCCUGGUAGAGCCAGGCCUCUGCUCAAAAUAUACUAUCAUGCAUUUAUUGAUUAUUCCCAGUAUUCUGUAUAGUGUAUGUGGUGUGUGAAAGAUGUUAUUCAAUGCAGAAGUGAUACUAUUGAGUUUGGUGCUGUAAUGUUAAAGUACAACUGCAGGGUCUUGUACAAAGGGUACCUUAUGGGUUAUGCACUUUGUAUUGAUACUUGAAGAUAUAUCCUUGUAAUGAAUGUGUAUUAUAGAUAACAAACAUUUAUAUUUAUUUUUCUUUGAAAAUUCUAAAUAAAUACUCAUGUUGU